AUGAUGGACGAGCAGACGGCUCAGCCUGACAAGACCGGCAACGGAAUGGAACUGCGGCGCUCCAGCCGCCACUCCAAGACGCCUCGGCCAUCUAAAGAGACAGGUGACUCAAUCGAGCCGGCUCCGAAGCGCAGAAAGGCCGCCACCUCCCGGCGAACCAAUAUGCAUGUACCUUCCUCUCCAACCUCUCCCUCAGCUGCCUCAGAGCAGAUCCUUGUUGCUGAAGACCCAGAUGUUGGGCAUGAGGCUGAGGCCUCUGCCAUCAAAGGAGCCAGAGAUGAGAAGGCCUACGCGUCAUUGACACUCUGUCUCGAAGGGGCAGUCCAACACGCCGAAUGCCAUCGACGAAUCGAAAAGCUUAAACGGGACAUAGCCUGGUACAGAAACCACAUGGCCCCUCUUGCACCAGAUGUCGUAGGGGACGCCGUUGCCCCUCUCAAUAUCUACAACACGUGCUUGGAGAAGCUUAAACUGCUUGAACCAGAGAAGGCUCGCGAGACCACUAAUCUCCAGAAACUAGUCGAGUCGAUCCGUCGUCUCGGGAUAGAGAUCGAAAACAUGGGCGGGAUAGGCAGGGCCAACAGGCCAGUUGAUCUCAGCCUGAUGGCGGUCAUCCGGUCGUAUUCCCGGGAAGAUAUCGGAGGAUGGCCUGCUAAGCGUCUUGAAAUGUUUUUCAACGCCCUCGAUGACACUCUUUGGGACGACAACGCUGGCUCCGAGAGGGAGGAGGUGGCCCCGGAGGCAGAGGGCAACGGCAUGGAAAUGGACGUGGAGUAA